CAUACUUGUGCCCAAGUGCAUGCACACACAGGAGCCUUUGGGGCCCCCAAUCCCGGGGCUCUGCCUGCCUCUGUCCCAAGCAGAACACGGAGUGGGGGGACUGUUCCCAGGUCCCCUGCCCUGCCUUAGCGUGUCCCUCUCCUGGUCCAGGACCCACAAAGCACUUCCAUGGUGGGAGUGUCAGGGGCAGCGUCAAACGGAGGCUGGGCCUGCUCCCCGGAGAUGGGUAGCAGACAGGACAGCGGGGAGAAGGCACCUCCCAGUGGCUUUGGUGGCCUUUUCUCCAGCCACCCACAGUGGGCAUCCAAAGUUUCCACUGUGUUGGUCCGUGGAAGGGCAUUUCGGGCAGAUAGAGGCCACACCACGACCAGGGCCGUCUCCACGGAGAAGGGCGGGAGAGGCCUGCAGUGUGGACACUGUGCACGGCCCCAGCGCUGCCCUAAUUAGCUGCCGCCUCCUCCCUCACUGUCCUAGGCAGCGCCUGCCAAGGCGUCCUUUGUGGCUCACAUUCCGGGGGGCAAGGUGGCCUCAUUAGUGCCGGGAGACAUCUCAUCUCCAGGGAGCAGGCAGGGCAACAAGGCCAUUCCUGGGGCCCAGCUUGGAGACCGGGCCCCUGUGGGAUGCUAAUCUUAGACGUGCCUUUGUCUGGGCCCGGGCACACGGAGGUGCCUGCCCUUUCCCCGGAAACCUUGGAGCUCUAUAAACCCAGGCCCCUGUGGCCAUCACAGUCACAGCCUUGAGAUUCCUGAGCACCCGCAGCCCUGCUCUGCAGACAGCCCAGGGGCGCUGGCACCAUGAACCUGCCCCCCACAAAGGUCUCCUGCGCCACCGUGACGCUGCUGCUGCUCCUGCUCCUGCCGCCCGCGCUGCUGUCCCCUGGGGCGGCCGCGCAGCCCCUGCCCGACUGCUGUCGCCAGAAAACCUGCUCGUGCCGGCUGUACGAGCUGCUGCACGGCGCGGGCAACCACGCGGCUGGGAUCCUCACGCUGGGCAAGCGGCGGGCGGGGCCCGCGGGGCUGCAGGGCCGGCUGCAGCGCCUCCUGCUGGCGGGCGGGAACCACGCGGCCGGGAUCCUCACCAUGGGCCGGCGCGCGGGCGCGCAGCCGGGGGCGCGGCGCGGGCUCUGAGCCCCUCGACGUCCCGGUCCGUGUCACCACCCCACCCACCCUGUUCGCCCAUCUGACAAAAGGCAAUAAAGACGAGGCUCUGUGCGUGCGGCUGGUCUCUGUCCGAGGGCGGGAGAGCGUCCUGCGGUCCCCAAGCACGCGGGCCAGAGGCCCAGGGGUGCGCAAGGCUUGGUCUUGCGUCCCGCGCGUCGCGGGGAUCUGGGAGUCGGUCCGCAACCCGAGCGCGAGGCAGGCUGCACACGGACAGACGCGGCCUGUGAGCUUCAACAGGGAACCCCCCACAGCGCUUGGCGAGGGGUAGAGGUCUCGGGGAGCGGUGGUGGCGAAGGCCCUGGCACUCGGAGAAGGCACAGAAGCCUUUUGUUUGUUUUCUUGGCGCCGGGAGCGCCAGGCGACAUCUCCAGCCCUUUUGACCUUAUGUCGAGGCGAGGUCUCCCUCGAUUUAUGCAGGACGGCCUCAAAUUUGAGAUCCUUCUGUCUCUGCCUUCCCUGUAGCUGAGAUUACAGGCGCAGGCCACCACCACCGGCAUGGGGAAGUUCUUAGGCAGAGGUGGGGGAGACUUUUCUGCAGCGCUAGCCAAAGACGCUGGUUCCCCCAGGUCCCUUCGUGGCAGUCCUAAUCCCCAGCAUUCAGAGUGUGGCCGAAGUUGUAAACAGGGUCCUGGGGGACGCGACCCAUCACGAUGCGGUGAAACCAGGGACUUCGCCCACCACCAGUCGGGUUCUUAUAAAGGGAAUUCGGGCACAGAACCUAGGCCCAAGGGAACCUGCACAUAGACACUGGUGGCACAGCAACGAGCCAACCAAUGCCAAGUUACGCUGGCGACCCAGGAGCGGCCAGGCAAGAGGCCUGUGCCUGGCGGCCCGUCCAGCACCUUCUCAAGACCUCGGCUGGACUCCCAGCCUCGAGCCGUGGACAGCAGCUUUCUAACUAACAGGACACCCGA